UAUCUUUGGAGCAAGUAAAGGUGAAGCCAUGCAUUUUCUACCAAGCAACUUGUUAUUUUGUUCUUAAACCACUCAAAGAUCAUUUGUAAAAAAAGUAAAGAGAGAGUGAAUUAUGGUCAAUUGGAAGAAGAUAUGGGAUGCAUGGGACAUUCGUGUUGUGAUUCUCUUCAGCCUUACUCUCCAAAUAAUCCUCAUCUUUUUCGCGCCCCUCAGAAAGCGUGUUUCAACUUACUACCUGACACUGCCCCUCUGGUGCAGCUACUUGCUCGUAGAAUGGGCCGCUAAUUUUGCAGUCGGACACAUCUCCGACAGCAACAAAGGAAAUGGCAAUAAGUCUGCUGGCGAGAACAAAGUUGAAGAUGUUCUUGUAUUUUGGGCAGCUUUUCUGUUAGUACAUCUCGGGGGCCCUGACACGAUUAGUGCCUUUGCCCUUGAGGAUAAUACGCUGUGGCACAGGCAUUUCCUUAGUCUCAUGACCCAGGGUGGAGCUGUGGCCUAUGUUUUUUUCCCUACAGUUUCCAGAAACAAGCUGUGGAUCCCAGCAGUGCUGAUAUAUGUGUCCGGAGUGAUCAAGUAUGGUGAGCGUAUUUGGGCUCUGUAUCUUGCGAGUUUAGAUCGGUUUCGUGAGUCCAUUAUGAAAGAUCCUGAUCCCGGCCCAAACUAUGCAAAGCUGAUGGAUGAAUACUCUUCGAAGAUAGCAGCCAACCUACCGACAAACAUAGAGAUGAUCCACGAGUACCAUGGCGAUUUGGAGGCGGAAAAGUCCGUUAAAAGAAAAACGCUAUCUGAUGUUGAGAUAGUGGAAGAAGCUCACUACUUCUUUGAGAAAUUCAAAGGACUAAUUGUUGAUCUGAUAUUUGACUUCCGCCAACGGAAUGAAAGCCGAAAUUUCUUCCUCAGCUUAGAAGCUAUUGAUGCUUUUCGAGUUAUUGAGGUUGAACUCAAUUUCAUUUAUGAUGUUCUUUUUACCAAAAUGAUUGUGGCGAACUCUUAUUGGGGUUAUGUAUUUCGAUUGAUCUGUUUUCUUCUCGAAGUUGCUGCCGCAAUCCUCUUCUACCGUUGGGAUAAAAGGGGACUUCCAAGGUGGGAGAUCGGAGUCAGUUACAUCCUUCUCCUUGGUGCUCUUAUCUUGGAUUUCAGUUCCUUUUUGAUGCUCCUUUUCUCUGACUGGACGGCAGUUGCACUGAAGAAGAAGGGGUAUGUGUUACCGCGUUUACCUAUGCCUUUUAGAUGGUUGAGCCGUAGGUGGGCUGAAUCCGUUUCACAAUUCAACUUGAUUAACUACUGUGUGCGAGGGCGCUCCAAGUUUAUGGAAUUCAUAUAUCGAUGGCUUGGUUUUAUUGAUGUGCUGAAUAGGAUCGUGUACGUGAAAUCCCAGAAAUUCACUGCUGAAUUGAGGGAAUUCAUCUAUGAAGAAAUAAAGAAUAAAUCUUCACUCGCAGAGGAUUUAGAUACAGCAAAGGAAAUAUGGUUAGCGAAAGGAGAUUGGACUCUUCGUGCCAAUAGCUCUAGUCAUCUGCUGCCUUAUAUUACUGAGUCUAAUUUCGAUGAGAUCCUUCUGGUAUGGCACAUUGCUACUGAACUCUGUUACAGUAAUGACAGUAUUGUUAUAGAUGGUGAUAAAGCAAAGAGUUCUCCGGAAAAACCACCUGCCAAUUACCGCGAGAUGUCAAAGAUUCUUUCAGAUUACAUGAUCUAUCUCCUUGUGAUGCAGCCUGCAAUGAUGUCGGCUGUGGCAGGAAUCGGACAGAUUAGGUACAGAGACACUUGUGCUGAAGCUGAAAAGUUCUUCCGCAGCAGAAACAUAAUCUCGAGUACUAAUAAGGAUCAAGGAGAGCAAUGCUGCAAUAAUUUCUUUACUUGUAGCUGCCUAAAGGGAACACCAAAUAAAGAGGAUGGCCAAGUCCAAAACCGUAGAGAGAAGAAACAUGAAAGAGCUUGUAAAGCGAUCCUUGGAGUGAAUGCGGUGGUCAGGCCAGUGCAAGUGAAGGGAGAUAGAAGUAAAUCGGCCUUGUUUGAUGGACGUCGUCUAGCCAAAAAGCUGGACAAGCUUGGUCAUGGCAUCGAUAAAUGGGAGCUAAUAAGCAAAGUAUGGGUUGAAAUGCUGUCCCAUGCUGCUAUUAACUGCAAAGCCAACAACCAUUGCAAACAGCUUAUCAAAGGAGGACAGCUUGUCACUCUUGUCUGGUUGUUGAUGACUCAUUUUGGUUUGGGGAACAAUUUCCAAAUUGGUGAAGGUCAUGCUAGGGCAAAACUCAUUGUGGGUUUGGCACGGAUACUUGCUUUAAGACGUGAUUUGUUUAAAGGAGUAGCCCAUGAACCCCUAGUGGUUAUCGGGCCAGAGCAGAUUGGAGAGUUUCACAAGGAAUAUAUAAAUGUAGAAGAUCUAGACAUGCUGUUCCUCGACUGUAAGAGCACGAUGGGGUCUAAGUGGGAUGACAUGGAGGCCGAAGACAGUUUUCUGCCGCACUGUUCGAAAAGAAUGAAGCUAAGCACUCCAGUUGAUGACAUAACAUUGCUAAAGUGGUUAAAGAAAGUUCUCAGUGAGGCUGGGCUAGUGAGACUCUUCAGCUUCCCUGUUGUACACUGUCCUGAGGUGUUCGGUGUAAUCUUGGAAUCAGCAGAAAGAUUGAAUCGCGGGAAAGUAGUACCGGGAUGGAAGGUUGUGUAUUCUGGUGACACGAGGCCAUGCUCACAAGUCAUAGAAGCAUCUCUUGGUGCAACGAUACUUAUACACGAGGCGACGUUUGAGGAUGGCCUGGUGGAGGAGGCUAUAGCGAGAAAUCACAGCACAAUAAAGGAAGCUAUAGAAGUGGGAGAUUCUGCUGGUGCAUACCGCGUAAUAUUAACGCACUUCAGCCAACGAUAUCCAAAAGUACCUGCACUUGAUGAAGUGAGUAUGCAAACAACUUGUAUUGCUUUUGAUCUAAUGAGCGUAAACCUAGCAGAUUUGCCAUUGCUCCCUAAGUUUCUUCCCUACCUCAAAUUGCUUUUCAGAAACAGUAGCUAAUUUAAAUUUAAAGUUACUUAUUUAUGACACAGCUUUUGAGUUAUGGACAUUUUUAUUUCAAUA